CCUCCCCACCCCGCCCGGCAUGGAUGUGACCAACAACACUACCUCCCCAGAGCGCUCCUCCGAUGGGGCAGGCGGCCCCAGCUUCGCCGAGGUGACCCUGGGCUACCAGCUGCUCACUUCUUUGCUCCUGGGCACGCUCAUCUUGUGCGCCGUGAGCGGCAACGCCUGCGUGAUCGCAGCCAUCGCCUUGGAGCGCUCCUUGCAAACCGUGGCCAACUAUCUCAUCGGCUCGCUGGCCGUCACCGAUCUCAUGGUGUCCGUGCUGGUGCUGCCCAUGGCGGCCCUCUACCAGGUGCUGAACAAGUGGACGCUGGGGCAAGUCACCUGUGACAUCUUCAUCUCGCUGGACGUGCUGUGCUGCACCUCUUCCAUCCUGCACCUGUGCGCCAUCGCCUUGGACAGGUACUGGGCCAUUACAGACCCUAUCGACUAUGUCAACAAGCGAACUCCCCGGAGGGCUGCGGUGCUUAUCAGUCUGACCUGGCUUAUCGGCUUCUUGAUAUCCAUCCCGCCCAUGCUGGGUUGGAGGACACCCGAAGACCGCUCGGACCCCGACGCCUGCACCAUCAGCAAGGACCACGGGUACACCAUCUACUCCACCUUCGGCGCCUUCUACAUCCCGCUGCUUCUCAUGCUGGUGCUCUACGGCCGCAUCUUCAAGGCGGCCCGCUUCAGGAUCCGCAAGACUGUCAAGAAAGCAGAGAAGAAGAAAAUCGCCGACACUUGCCUCACCCUGUCCCCAGCCGCCCUGCAGAAGAAAAGCAAUGGGGAGCCCGGCAAGGGCUGGCGGCGAACUGUGGAGCCCAAGCCUGGUGCCUGUGUCAAUGGCGCGGUGCGGCAGGGUGAGGACGGGGCCGUCCUGGAAAUCAUCGAGGUUCAGCACUGCAACAGCUCCUCCAAGACGCACCUGCCGCUGCCCAGCGAGGCGUGCGGCUCUCCGCCGCCCUCCUCCUUCGAGAGGCGCAACGAAAAGAACACAGAGGCCAAGCGGAGGAUGGCUCUGUCCCGGGAGAGAAAGACUGUCAAGACUUUGGGCAUCAUUAUGGGCACAUUCAUUCUCUGCUGGCUGCCGUUCUUCAUCGUGGCUCUGGUCCUGCCCUUCUGUGACAGUAAGUGCUACAUGCCCGAGUGGCUGGGGGCAGUCAUUAACUGGCUGGGCUACUCCAACUCCCUCCUCAACCCUAUCAUCUAUGCCUAUUUCAACAAAGACUUCCAAAGUGCUUUUAAGAAAAUUAUCAAGUGCAAAUUUUGCCGACAGUGAAGCCCACAGCUCCACGACGGGGCAGGAGGUCCAGCUCCAUCCACUUGGCCCCCGCCGCAGCGUAUGUGUGUAUGUCCCCCUCCAACCCCUCUAUAACGCCGGCAGAAG